UAUUAAGUUGUAUGUGCAGCCGUUGCUUAAGUGAGUUCAAGCUCAACAUAAAAUGCGGACACUCCGCGAAACAUGUGUGUGCAACGCGCAACGCGGCAUCUUCUUGGCUUUGCUGGUGUCGGUGAUUGCUAAUGCAAAGCUGCUUGAGGAACAGGUACAGGCAAUCCUGGAGAGCGAGGCGCCGAUAGGCUCCCAGCCGCUUCCGGCCUUCCGCGUGCUGCUGUUGGCGCUGCCAUACGCGGCGCACUCGCUGCCACUGCUGCGACUGGGACAGGAGCUCGCCAGCCGGGGUAAUGCCGUGUUCUUCGGCAGCACGGACGAUUACGUGGAGUUACCGUACGGGAAGCAGGUGGAUUUCGCCGCCCUGGGCGUCACGUGGUUGCCGCUGGGGGCCCCGCUGCACAACGCCUCCCAGCGCCAUGAGCGGGAGCAGUGGGCCGUGGAGCACUGGGACUCCAACAACCCAGACAACGCCUUCCGCAACUCCACCGGCGUGCUCAUGCGCGAGUUCCACGUCGUGUUCCUCAACGGCUUGGCGAAAACACACAAGCUCGGCCCCGGCUCCUUUGACGUCGUGAUCACCGACUUCCUCACGUCCGCCGGACACGACUAUGCGGAGUACAUCGGGGCGCCACUGGUCGUAUUCAACAGCCUGUCGUACAUCGCCUUCGAAUCGCGCAUGAUGGCCGUGCCGCCCGCCCUGCUGAUGCCCGUCAUGCCCAUCAUGCUGCCGUACAAGAUGGACUUUGCGGCUGCCGUACAGAACACGCUCAUGACGCUGCUGUUCGAGGCCAAGCCCUGCCGUACAUUCCUGGACAUCAUGGAUGAGUGUCGUGCGCUGGGUGGCCUCGUGCCCGGCAGCUUCCGGCAGUCCCUCACCCGCCGCCCGCAACCGCUUCUGCUCAUCCCCGCCGCCCCCGGAUUUGAGCCGCCCGUUGCCCUGCCCCCCCACGUCCGCGUGGUGGGCGGCAUGCUCUUCGAAUCCGGGCCCAUGUCAGACAAGAUCCGGGAGUAUCUGGAAUCGGAUCCAGGCACGCCCGUGAUCUACGUCGGAUUCGGAUCCUUCGUGGAUUUUCCGGAUCCAACUUACGCGCUGAUCCUGCGCGCGCUGGGCCGCGUCCCGGCGCGCGUGCUUUGGUCGCUCAAGCCUAAGUCCGCGCCGAGCGUUAUGGCGGCGAUUGCGAACGGCACGGCGCCGGCCAAUGUGCGCGUGGAGCCGUGGGUGCAACAGCUGGCGGUGCUGCGGCAUCCGGCCGUGAAGGCGGUGGUGACACACGGCGGGUUCAGCAGCGUGAGCGAGAUCAUGUACGUCGGAAAGCCCAUGGUGGCCAUCCCCGGCUUCGGCGACAACGAGCACAACGCCUGGAAGCUGCAGCAGCUGGGGGCGGCGGUGCAGCUCAGCAAGGAGUCGCCGCAGCUCGAGCAGCAGCUGGUGGAGGCGGUCAACAAGGUGCUCACGGACCCCUCCUACACGGCGGCGGCGCGGCGGCUGGGCCUGGUGACCCGCACCGCGCCCGGCGCCCCCCACGCCGCGGCCCUGGUGGAGCAGGUGGCGGCGCUGGGCUCCACGCAGCACCUGUCGUCGCCCGACAACACAGGGGUGGUGGCGGCGGCGACCGCGACGCUGGCGGCGGUGCCGCUGGUGCUUGCGGCGCUGGUGCUGGUGUGUUUGGCCCGGUGCUUGGGGGGCAGCGGCCGGCGGCGCGUGAUGAAGGCGAAGCCUGAGUAGCGUCGUCCGGUGUUCGUUGGAUCCAAUUGGCACUUUGGCAGGUCGCAUUGCAUUCCGUUCAAUCGUAACACCUUGUCUUGGUCAGUCACUAGUACGUGACUAGUACACGUCGGCUUUUUGGCACGGCCCAUGAUCCCGUUGCAUUCCGUACAAUCGUAAAACCUUGGUCAGUCAUUAUUGUACGUAUGGACUCAGCCCUUGGCUUAGCCCGCUUUCCUUGAAGGGGAAACCCUCAGUCGGCUUGGACCCUUGAGCACUGCGGCAGGUGCACUAGUCGGCCUUCUCGAAUGAUUUCGUUGCAUUUGCGCCAACUUCGUGUGUUUUCGGGGUUUGAUCACGGGGUUUGAUGGACCCGUCCGGAUUAGUUGGGGUCCACGUUGAUCGGAUGAAUGUCAGUGUGCCAGGGGUGCCCCAAUCGAGUAUUGCUUUCGAAAUUCAGAAUUUAUUAACACUAUUG